AUAAACUGAACAUGGAGUAAAUCGUAAAAUUACAUGCGACAUGUUCUCAUUGGAGACAAAUUAACAUGAAACAUAGAAAGAGACGGAGAUGGCACAGAAUAUAUGUCAUGUAUUGUUUUGGUUGAGUCUUGUGUGGCCGUCUUUUUGCAUAGAUAUGGAUUUGGAAUCAGAUUUUCAAGAAGACCGCUGGUUGUUCAAACAUUCGCCCCAGGAACGGAAAGUGGGGCAUGAAAUGGCAUGCGCUGCUGUGCGACCUACGGCGCGAGAUAUUGUCAGGCGAUUCUAUGCGAUUUUGCCGUAUUUCGACAAGGACCACACGAAUACGGCCUUCCUCCAUAAGUUCCGUGGCACAAUCUACAGCAUGUCUGACAGUGAGGAUAUGCUGGACCGCGAGGCUGGCUUCUACGCUGCAGUCCUCACUCCCUUGGUCUUCCUACAACAGUAUCGUGACACCUGGUGCCUCCUGGAACGCUUUCACAGGGCAAUAAGGCUGUAUCAAGUUUCACAUCCGACUGAAAAGAGGUCGGCGUUAAAAUUGCUUCAGAAUUUAAGAGCAGUCAAUCAGAAGAUUCGAGGAUUCAUUUUCGAGCUGCCAGGCCAGGAGCAAGUUCCCAGGACGACGUCAGCGCCAGAGAGUGAAGAUGACGACGCACUCCACGAUAAGAAGGAUAUUAGGUAUCUCAAAGAAUUGAUUAAAAACCUCGGGUAA